UGUUGCUGGAUUUGAGGUCCCGGUGCAAGAUGGGCACGACGGCCUCUUCGUGCAGGUAGAACAUCCCCCGGGCGAUCUGCACAGCCCAGUUAACCAGGACGUGCGGGGGUAUGCGGCGCGCGCGGCGCGGGCUGGGGACGCCGGGGUCCGAGGCGGCGGCGAGAGCUCGGUUGAGCGCCCCGCCGCGGGCGAACUCGAGCACCAGGCAGAGGUUGGGCUGCCGCAGGCAGACGCCGCGCAGCUGGAUGAUGUUGGGGUGCCGCAGCAUGGAGAAGAGCUUCGCCUCCCGUCGCACACUCUCGGCCGCCGUCGCCGCGUCCUGCUCCGGGUCCCGCCGCGCCGCCUUUACCGCCACCUCCUGGCCCUGCCAGGUGGCCCGGUACACCUGCCCGAAGCCACCGGCGCCGAUCAGCUCCUUCAGUUCCAGCCACUCGAACUCGAUCCGCACUGGAGAGCCUGGCCGCGGUGGUGGUGGUGGUGGCGGCCGCGGCAGGGCUGGCGGCGGCGCGGUGCUCGGCCAGCCCGGGCUGUGGCCCCCGCGCGGGCCCGGCGGCGCCUGGCGGACGGCCGGGCCGUACGGGGCCACGUAGUUGGCGGGGAAGAUACCAAGGCGCCUCUGCACCUGGCCGGCCCACCAGCCCUCGUCGCCCGACACGGCAGCGUCCUGGGACAGCACCUCCACCAGCUGGCCCCGCCGCAGGCUCAGCUCGUCCUCGCCGCUCGCCUCGUAGUCAUACAGCGCGGCCCACAGCCGCCCGCCCCCGGGUCCCGCCGCAGCAGAGGACGAGGACGAGCAGGAGGAGGCGGAGGACGACGACGACGAGCCGGUGGCUGCGGGGACCCCUCGGGCAGGGGACACGGGCCUGUCGACCCCUCCCUCGGCGCCGGGGAAAGCCAUGAGGGGGUGGCCGUGAGGAGAAGGGUCGAGGCGCGGGGCUGCAGGCUCAGCCUCCGGGACGGCCAGGCUUUCCCUCCAAAUGCGAUCACUGUAUUUCUUUACUGCAGUUCAGUGACUAUAUUCUUUACAGUAAUCAAAUUGGUCAGUUUUCGCCUACACCUCAUGUUUGAUGAAGGAGAAGUAAUUCAGCAAAGGACCUCCAGAAAGAAUGAAAAGCCAAAUGAAGAUAAAGAGGCCAGCAAUGAGCAUAUAAUUCAUCACAAAACUCCAAGCAAUAACAGUCGGAUUAGCAAUGGCAAAAAGGAAGAGGACAAUCCAAACCUCUCUACACCUCCCCUGCACUGUAGCUCCAGAGGACAGAGCAUAACCUCUCAUCACUCUUCUGGGCUUUUGGAGUUGCCAGCACAGGAGACAGUGGAAGAUCUCAAAGGUGUCGUUCUGUCAGAAGACCAACCUUUAGCACUAUUGUCAUCUACCUCACCCUGUAUCAAAACAGAAAACUUACCAGUUUCUAAAAUGAGCAUGCCAGAAACCGUGACCAAUUCAGCAAUACUCAUGAAGCCAGUUACCAUGGAAACUCUCAUCAAUAAUAAAGUAAAGGAAAGAGAAGGCAAGAUGCAGCCCCCUUUCCGCCACAGAUCAGAGGGCGGAUUAGUGGAUAAGGAAAACUUGAAGAAGCUGUCCCACCUGUCUUUGUCUCAGUAUGACUUACUAGAAACAGAUGUUUCUUUCCAGCCCUGGGGGAGUGAGAAUACAGUCCUGAUUCCAGACCCUGUAAAUUAUCCCAAGGGCUCCAUACGGGAACAGUUGCAAAGCAAGUCACCUCAGGACAGCCUGAGCAGCAGCUGCGCUCAGUGUAACACCAUCAUCGUGAGACAGGCAGAGGCGCCGAUGGACACUUCCUGUCAGCUAGAUCCUCCCUUCAAUGAGGAAGUUGACUACUCAGACAGUGAGGUAGCCGUGACUCUUAUUGAUACUUCUCAACCUGGAGACCCUCUGAGUCUGCAUGAACCCAUUAAGAUUGUCAUCACAAUGAGCAGCACCCCCAACUCCAUGUCAGACUUAGAAAGCUCCCUCCACCUAAAGGUGGUUGGCACAGAGAGAACAAGUUCAAAAUCAGAGGCUGAGCCAGCUACCCCAGAGGUAACCAGUCCUCCAAACAUUGAGCAGAUGAGAAUUCCUGUCAUCACCCUCGAGCUGUCCGAAGAUGGGGGAGGAGGCAUUAUCUGCCCUGAAGGCAAUGGAAGUGAAAGGACUCCAGAGAGAUUGAUGGUGGAGGCAUCCUCCAGUCAGUGCUCUGCCUAUGAAUCUGGGGAGGGAGGAAAUGCCACAAAGGACUGCAAUCCUUCCCCAAGGAACCACUGUGAAACAGCAACCCUGCUCACAACUCAUCUGGCCUCCGAGUCUGAGUGGGGUAAGGAAGGCCAUGCUAAGCUUGAUCCAUCCUCUUGUAAAAUCAGCCAUGAAAAGAAGCAUGCCCGGGUCCUCAGCAUGGAUAGUGGGACAGAUGUCUUCCUGGGAAAAAGUUCCACAGAAAUUAUUAAUGAUAAAGAGAAAACGAUACCAACUUCCAAAUCUGACCUAGAGGCUAAGGAAGGACAAAUGCCAAAUGAAUCCAAUUUCCUAGAAUUUGUGUCCAUGUUAGAAUCAAUUAAUACUUCAAAGGUGGUGGCAUCCAAUCAGUCAAAUGGCUCAGCAGAACCAAAAAAUGAAAGCGGGCUGCUUGGAGAUAACUGUACCCAGGAGAAAAAGGAGGAAAUCAUGGAAAGUGAGAAACGCAAUGGAUGCAAUUCCAAGCAAGGAAAACCAGACAUCCAAAGUCAAGACCAUACUAGCAACAGUCCUGCAUUCACUGAACCGGCUAAAAUUACAACCCUUUUCCAGGGCAAUAGACAAAGGCAAAUAAUCUACAGGGUGACUUCUCAACAAGAUAGUUCUGUCUUGCAAGUCAUCAGUGGGCCUGAAACAUCUGUGCAAGAUGAGAUAUCUGUGGACGCUAUGCAUGUCUUCAUUGAUGAACUUGGGGAAAUUAGAUCAUGUUAUUUAAAAUCUGGAAAUCAGAAAGAAGGACCUUUACAGCAUCAGCCAUCCAAUUAUGACUGUUUUCCUAAUGCUCGAGAGGUGCAAAUCAGCCCCUCCAACACCACAACUUCUGAGAGUCAAGAUCAAUCUUCCGGGGACCUGACCGUUAGUGCCCUUCAACAGCAGCUGCUACUAAUGUUGACUCGGAGGACCCAAUCAGAAACUCCACGGCAUCUGAGUCAAGACCUGGAAAACUCAUCAUCUUCUUCAACACAAGGAAAAUUUAACCGAGAGCAGUUUUACAAAUUCAUCAUUUUCCCUGGCAAGUGGAUUAAAGUGUGGUAUGAUCGACUUACCUUGUUGGCAUUACUAGAUCGAACUGAAGACGUCAAGGAAAAUGUGCUGUCUAUUUUACUCAUUGUCCUGGUUUCUCUACUCGGAUUUCUAACAUUGAACCAAGGCUUUUGCAAAGAUAUGUGGGUUCUCCUCUUCUGCCUUGUCAUGUCCAGCUGCCAGUAUUCCCUGUUAAAGAGUGUUCAGCCUGACCCUGCCUCACCAAUACAUGGGCACAACCAAAUCAUAACUUAUAGCAGACCAAUCUAUUUUUGUGUGCUGUGUGGCCUUAUUUUGCUUCUUGAUGCAGGGGCCAAAGCCAGGCGCCCUCCCACUUAUGUUGUCUAUGGCCUGAAGCUCUUCUCUCCAGGGUGCCUGCAAUCAGCUAGGGACCAUUUAAUAGUAUUUUUAUACUGCUUCCCUGCAAUUACCCUCCUUGGGCUUUUCCCUCAGAUCAACACUUUCUGCGUUUAUCUUUUGGAACAAAUUGACAUGCUGCUUUUUGGAGGUUCUGCCGUUUCUGGGAUCAUAUCGGCCAUUUACAGUGUUGCCCGGAGCUUCACUGCCGCUGCUGUGCUCCACUUGUUCUGCUUCAGUGCGGUGAAGGAACCGUGGAGCACACAACACAUCCCAGCGCUGUUUUCAGCCUUCUGUGGCCUCUUGGUUGCCCUUUCCUACCACCUGAGCAGACAAAGCAGUGAUCCAUCUGUGCUAAUGUCCUAUUUUCAGUGCAGAUUGUUUCCUAAAUUUUUACAUCAAAAUUUGGAAGACUGGACUGCAGACCCUCUGCCCAAGAAGAUGAAAGAUUCAGUGAAGGAUAGCUUAAAAUCAGAUCUCAUUUUCUGCACGGUAGCUGCUGUUCUAUCAUUUGCAGUCAGUGCCAGCACCGUAUUCCUGUCCUUACGACCAUUUCUCAGCAUCGUGCUGUUUGCCCUGGCAGGCGCCGUGGGAUUUGUAACACAUUACAUGCUUCCUCAGCUCCGCAAGCAUCAUCCCUGGAUGUGGAUUUCACACCCAAUCCUUAAAAACAAAGAGUAUCAGCAACGGGAAGUGACAGAUAUCGCCCAUUUAAUGUGGUUUGAAAGACUCUAUGUUUGGCUUCAGUGUUUUGAAAAAUAUAUCUUGUACCCAGCAAUAAUUUUGAAUGCCCUCACUAUUGAUGCAUUUUCAAUAAGCAAUUACCGGAGACUUGGUACCCAUUGGGACAUUUUUCUGAUGGUCAUUGCUGGCAUGAAGCUGUUGCGGACCUCUUUCUGUAAUCCAGUUCAUCAGUUUAUUACCUUGAGCUUCACUGUAAUCUUUUUCCACUUUGAUUACAAAGAUAUUUCAGAGAGUUUCUUACUGGAUUUCUUCGUGGUGUCAAUUUUAUUUAGCAAGCUCGGAGACCUGCUUCACAAGUUACAGUUCGUCAUGACAUAUGUGGCCCCAUGGCAGAUGGCUUGGGGUUCUUCAUUUCAUGUGUUUGCUCAGCUCUUUGCAAUCCCUCAUUCUGCAAUGCUUUUCUUUCAAACAAUUGCCACUGCAGUCUUUUCUACUCCAUUGAGUCCAUUUCUGGGGAGUGUCAUUUUCAUCACCUCAUAUGUCAGGCCAGUCAAAUUCUGGGAGAAAAACUACAAUACAAGACGAGUGGAUAAUUCCAACACAAGACUGGCGGUCCAAAUUGAAAAGGAUCCAGGAAAUGAUGACAACAAUCUCAAUUCCAUCUUUUAUGAGCACUUAACAAGGGCCCUCCAGGAAUCCCUUUGUGGAGACUUAGUUCUUGGUCGUUGGGGUAACUACAGCUCUGGAGAUUGCUUUAUCUUGGCUUCAGAUUACCUCAAUGCCUUUGUUCACCUGAUUGAAAUUGGGAAUGGUCUUGUCACCUUUCAACUUAGAGGACUGGAAUUCCGAGGAACAUACUGCCAGCAGCGAGAGGUGGAAGCCAUCAUGGAAGGCGACGAGGACGACAGAGGCUGCUGCUGCUGCCAGCUGGGCCACUUGCCCCACCUGCUGUCCUGCAAUGCCGCCUUCAACCUGCGCUGGCUCACCUGGGAGAUCACACGCACGCAGUACAUCCUGGAGGGCUACAGCAUCCUAGACAACAACGCCGCCACCAUGCUGCAGGUCUUUGACCUCCGAAGGAUCCUCAUCCGAUACUACAUCAAGAGUAUAAUAUACUACAUGGUAACUUCUCCCAAACUCCUCUCCUGGAUCAAAAAUGAAUCACUUCUGAAGUCUCUGCAGCCUUUUGCCAAGUGGCAUUAUAUUGAGCGUGACCUUGCAAUGUUCACCAUUAACACUGAUGAUGACUAUGUUCCGUGUCUUCAGGGGAUAACCAGAGCUAGCUACUGUAAUGUUUAUCUAGAAUGGAUUCAAUAUUGUGCACAGAAAAGACAAGAGCCUUCAACAACCCUGGACAGCGAUGAGGACUCCCCUUUGGUGACGCUGUCCUUUGCCCUGUGCAUCCUGGCGAGGAGGGCGCUGGGAACUGCUGCUCACAAUAUGGCUAUCAGCCUGGAUUCCUUCCUGUAUGGUCUUCAUGCCCUCUUCAAAGGUGACUUUAGAAUAACAGCCCAAGAUGAGUGGGUAUUUGCUGACAUGGAUCUACUGCAUAAAGUUGUUGCUCCCGCUAUCAGGAUGUCACUGAAGCUUCACCAGGACCAGUUCACUUGCCCCGAUGAGUAUGAAGACCCAGAGGUCCUCUAUGAAGCCAUCCAGUCCUUCGAGAAGAAAGUGGUGAUCUGCCACGAGGGCGACCCCACCUGGAGGACCGCGGUGCUGUCCAACAAGGAGGAGCUGCUGACCCUGAGACACGUGGUGGACGAGGGUGCUGACGAGUACAAGGUCAUCAGGCUCCACAGAAGCUUCCUGAGCUUCAGGGUGAUCAAGGUUAACAAAGAAUGCGUCCGAGGCCUCUGGGCUGGGCAGCAGCAGGAGCUCAUAUUCCUUCGCAACCGCAACCCAGAGCGUGGCAGCAUCCAGAACAACAAGCAGGUCCUACGCAACUUGAUUAAUUCCUCCUGCGACCAGCCCCUGGGGUAUCCCAUGUAUGUUUCCCCCCUAACCACAUCCUACCUAGGGACUCACAGGCAGCUGAAGACCAUCUGGGGGGGAACUGCCAGUUUGGACAGCAUUAGGACGUGGUUCCGAACCAAGUGGCUGAGAAUGCGGAAGGACUGCCAUGCUGGACAGCCCAGCGGCAGCAACAUUGAAGAUGUGGAUGGAGGAGGGGCCCUGUCUGCAGGCAGGGGCAAUGCCCCAAGUGGGGAGAGCCAGGAAAGCAGCAUGGAGCAGCCCAGGAAGGACGGGAACCGGGAUGGACCCCAGAGGACAGGCAGGAGAAAGGGCCGGGGCCGGAGUCAGUCUGUUCAAGCACAUGCGGCCUUAAGCCAAAGACCACCCGUCUCGAGCUUGUCUGGCCCAGUCCUAGAAAGCCACCAGGCCUUCUUACAGACGUCCACGUCGGUCCAUGAACUGUCCCAGCGGCUGUCCAGCAGCCAGCUGUCCUUGCACAACUCGGUCACCUCCCUGCACUCUCAGCCGCCACCUGUCAUCACGACCGGCCACCUGAGCGUGCGCGAGCGGGCGGAGGCGCUCAUCAGAUCCAGCCUGGGCUCCUCCACCAGCUCCACCCUGAGCUUCCUCUUCGGCAAGAGGAGCUUCUCCAGUGCUCUGGUGAUUUCUGGACUUUCUGCCGCAGAGGGGGGCAACACCAGUGACACCCAGUCAUCCAGCAGCGUCAACAUUGUGAUGGGCCCCUCGGCCAGAGCAGCCAGCCAGGCCACACGGCACUUCUCUGAGCCAUGUGAGCCCACUGAUGCCACAGAGCAGAGCCAGCUUCACGAUCGAUGUCUAGCAGAGGCCAUGGCAGCAGGGAGUCUUGGGGUGACCUGCAGAAGAGCAAGCCAAGAGGACAUGGGGCUGGAUGACACGGCUUCCCAGCAAAGUGCUUCAGAUGAGCAGUAGCCAAGCCUUUUGUCUGGGGAUGAACUCAGACUUCAGAGGAGAAACUGCGACGAUGCCACACUCUCACCUUUAUUUUUCUCCCUUGUGCCCCCAAACCAAAAAGAACAAAAGUUGUGAUCUAAGGGAGGCCCUUCCUGUGGAAAUAUGAGAGCUGUUCUAGAAAACUUUAUCUCAGGUUCUUGAAAACUUCUCACAUUAAAGGAAAAAAUCGAUGACCCAUGCCUCCUUUCCCCAAGCACCUGCUCAGGCACUCCGCGGCCACCAGAUGUGCAGAACUCAGGAUGGACAAGAACACUUUCCAGAAUGUGAAAUUUCAAGCAAAAGCCGUUUAAUGUCAUAAAACAAGUAGAGCACAUGAUUGUUUCCUGCCCUGAUGAAAAUAAGACAACUGCAUGCUAAAUAAUUGGCAUUUUACACAUUACUGUUACCAUGAAACAGAAAUGAACAGCACUUAUUACACCAUCAGCUGAUAAAAUGCAUUAAGGUUACAUCUAGGUAUAUUUUAAGAAAAGCUUAUUUCUUUAUAAUCUUUAUGCAGGUGUUAACCAAGUAUACAGUAGUGACAUCUUUACUACAAGAAAUGUAGUAGUGCAUGCAGCCAUGGCUAAAGUAUUCUGCCAAAGAAUCAGGAUACAUAAUGACAUGAGCUUAGAUAUCUAAUUAAGUCAGUGCAUGGAAGUCACGUGCUGCUCCUCCACUGCAGCCAAAGCGAUUUCCUACAAAAAGCCAAGCCUCCGCUUCACCCAGCACUCCUGAGUGCUUUGCAGGGAUGCAUGCUUGUUUCCCAAACCAAGAAGCCCUUAGUAUACCACAGAACAACUGCACACACCUUUGUUUUUGAAAUUAAAAUGUUUAUAGUUA